AUGAUUAAUUUUUUACAAAUUAAUCUAAACUGCUGUAAAGCAGCCCAAGCUUUGGUCUCCAAAACUGCCGAUGACCUCAAUAUUGACAUCAUCCUGGUAUCCGAGCAAAAUCAAGCAUGUGACCGGUCUUGGAUCCAAGACCAAUCCAAAAAAUCAGCCAUCAUAAACCACAGUCGAGUACAGAUAGACGAACUUGGUAAACCGGAUAUGGGUUUCACUUGGUGUAGACUGGCGGGUACAAAGAUAUACUCGUGCUACUGGACACCAAGACCGGACAUAGCUGCUUUCACAGAUUUCCUACGACGUCUGGAAACAAGCAUUAAAGCCAGCACCGGGGAAGUCAUGGUUUGCGGUGACUUUAACGCUCAUCACACCUUAUGGGGAUGUAACACAAACGACAAAAAAGGUGACCUUCUAGCCGACAUGAUCCAGGCAUCAGGAAUGGUCGUGUGUAACAAGGGAACGGAUGCUACUUUCCAAAGCGGCAAUCGAUCGUCCAUUGUCGAUGUAACAUUCGCAACCCAACGCACAGCAACCUCCAUCACAAAGUGGGUUGUCUUGGAAGAAACAUCGUUGAGUGACCAUAAUUACGUGCACUUCUGUGUGGAGUUCAGCGCAGAAGCCGACAUCCAGCCGUGCACAAACAUCAAAGUGGUCCCUAGCAAACUGAAAGUAUACCUAGACUUAAACCCACUCCCACUGAGUUUUACACCCAGAUAUGCGGCUCCCAGCACAGGCCGCGCUUAG